AUGCGACGUGACUUGUUCACCGUUGUUCAACUGGGUGCCAGUUUUGCCUUUAUUUUUUCGGCGUUCAACUCGCAAGGAUUAAUUGAGGUCGCCGUGCUACGCAAGAAGGCUGAAACUGCUCCGGAGACUGGAAUAACGACUAACAGUGGAUACUACAGCCUGUCCAUCAUCUAUUUCUUCUUCACAUUUUUCAAUUUGGUCGUUCCGUCAAUCGUCAAAAAACUCGGUUCAAAAUGGUCGCAAAUCAUCGGAGCCAGUGGAUACCUGUUCUUCAUGGUCACAUUCCUCUAUCUGAAUGUUUAUCUGUUGUAUUUUGGAUCCGCGGUGCUGGGAGCUGGAGCGGCAUUACUGUGGGCUGGUAACGGAUGCUACCUCGUUGAAAUCUCUCGAAAGAACAAAAUGGAACGAAACUCGGGAAUCAUGUGGGCAAUGCUGCAGUCGUCAAUGAUAACUGGUGGAAUCUUCCUUAUCUAUGUGCUCCGAUCAGGGGAUCUCUCCAACUCUUUCACCUUCAUCUACGUGGUGUUCUCAGCUGUGAUUGCUGUUGGAAUUCUGGUGCUCAUUUUCAUGCCGAAUAACCCAGGGCAAUAUGGACAACAGAAUGAGGAAAUCGAGAACAACCUGGAGGAGCCACUGAUCCAGUCGGACAUUCUGGAAUCUACUGCACCUCCACAGUCUUUGGGAGAGCAGGUCAGAAGCAUGCUUGCCAUGUCCCUCACACCCAACAUGCUGAGCUUAUCGGUUCUUUUUGUGUACAGUGGACUUGAAAUGACGUUCUACACAGGAGUAUACACAUCGUGUUUAUCCGCCACACAGUCUCUCAAAACUUUCUCGGACCUUGUAAUCCCUUACAACGCACUUCUGAUUGGCGCCGGACAAAUUUUUGGAGGAAUCGUGACUGGAGCACUUGGCAAAGCGCUGAAACUUCGUAGUCAACACAUUGUUUUCCUUGCAUUUGUUGGACAUAUGGUUGCAUUCAUUUUGGCGUACCUGAGCUUGCCAUACGACUCCACUGUUCAUUCUACUGAUGCUCCGACUAUUUUGGCUCCAUCUUUGAACUUGACACUUGUUAUUUCAUUCCUGUUGGGAAUAUCCGAUGCACUAUGGCAGACACAGAUCUAUGUUACUAUUGGAGCCGCGUUCAAGGAUGAUCCAGUUAACGCGUUUGCCAUUUUCAAGUUUUUCCAAUCAAUGGCCGCAUGCGUCUCGUUCUUCUACAGUUCCUUCCUGUUCCUUCCAUCUCAACUUCUGAUUCUCGUCGUCGGAUGCGUCGCCUCAACAUUGUUCUUCUUGAAGGUCAAACUGUCCAUACACGAAACUAUUGGCGGCAUCGAAGCAGUUCGCGAAAGAGAAAUUUGA